GUGCGGUUGUGUUUUGUGAGCGGUGUCUCGCGAUUUCUUCAUGCUACAUACAUAUAUGCUUGCCAUCAAAUAAAAUAAAGUGCUAUCGAAUAUGAAUGGAAUAUGUGAGCUGUACACCAGUAAAACGUGAUUUUACCAACCACUAGAAACUAACAAAAAAAGUGCUAUGGUGCCAAAAUUAAAACGGAAAAAGCAAUAAAUAAAUACCUAAUAAAUGGGAAUGUACUCCUGCAAAAAGCUGCAAAAAAAAAGUUAUCAACGAAUUUGAAAAUAAGAAAAAAGAGUGGAAUUGCUGUUAAAAGCAGGGAAAAAAUUGAAAAGAGAAAUAAAAUUUUGGUGGUGCGUUCAAUUGUCUGUUUUAUGUUUUAUGAAUACGAAAUAUCGUGUUUUUGUUUGCUGAUUUGCCGAUUCGUUUGCUUUCCGUCUGCCGGUUCAAGUUCUUCUGCUUCGCCUGUUGCGUUAAUUGCGUGCGUGUUUUACUAUCGGCGUGUGUGUGUUAGUGUUGCAACGUGCAUACUUAUGUAUGUAUGUGUGUGUAGCGUGUGGCGCGACGUACAUAUGGAGCAAGUGUCAUGCUGCAUUGUGGAUCGAUCGUCGGCUGGAGGUAACGUGGUGGACACACAGCUUCAACAGCAGCAAUAACACACAUCAGUUUGCAUCUUCAACAACAGCGAAUAAAACCAAUACGCAUUUCUUUGAGUGCAAAGAUCGCUGUCUAUAGUUUUCUCUCCUUUCUGUGUUGUUCUUUGCAACGGUUUAAUGCUGUUUGGAGACAACAACGACGACGACGACGACGGUGGUGUCAAAGAGUGCUAUUGUGACUUGCAAUUACCAACUGCUCAAACGCUUUGUGGCAGUUAUCACCGUUUUUGGGCUAUUAACCAUAAACCGGCUUAUUCCUCAUUCAAUUGGAUUCUUCAAAUUCCACGAACUGAUCGAUCAUGCGAAGAUCUGCGCUCAACCGGAAUCAUUACUUUGUAUUUGGGAUCCUGGUAGGAUUGGCGCUGAGUUUAUACUUGCCAGAAGAUGUGUGGGAUCUGGUGCAGAAAGAAGAAUGUCCUCAGGAGGCUGCUGAAAAUAGUCUGAUCGAGAAAUUUGGGCAAGAUUUCGAACCACAUUUAAAUUUAAUCAGCAAACCAUUGGCGGCUAAGAAACCGGCAAAGAAUGUCAAUCGCCCACGCUAUUACUCCUCGGAAUUGGGCAUACGCGAGAAAAUCUUUAUUGGCGUCAUGACGUCACAAGACAACAUAAAUACACUAGCCACAGCGAUUAAUCGCACCACAGCGCAUUUAGUGAAUAAGAUCAAAUUUUUCAUCAAUGCCGACAAUGUGAAAACGAACUAUAAACUCAAGAAUAUUGUCGGUUUCACGGACACACGUGAAAGCUUACGUCCAUUCCAUGUGAUAAAAUACAUUGCGGAUAAUUAUCUUGAUGACUACGAUUAUUUUUUGAUUAUGCCAGAUACGGUCUACGUGGAUGCACGUAAAUUAAAAGCAAUGCUAUAUCACAUAAGCAUUACAUUCGAUCUGUAUAUGGGCGCUAGACUGGAGCUAAGUAGUAUCGCCCAAGACGGUGACGACAAUGUUUAUGCGGCUGCUGGUCGCGCCGCAAAUUCCAAUGGUGUUGAUGAUCUCGGUAGUCAAAGUGAUCGUAAUUACUGUGAUUUAAAUGCCGGCAUAUUGCUGAGUAGCAGUGUCAUAAGGAAGAUGCGCAACAAUCUGGAUUGGUGUGUACGAAAUGGUGUCACAAAUGUGCAUAGCGUCAAUAUAGGACGGUGUGUAAAAUAUUCAAGCAAUUUGUCGGGAUGUCAAGCCAGUUUUCAGGGGGUACAUGAAGACAUCUACACAUUGCAGCCGCAUGUAAAAUUGUUUAAAGAUUUAAAUAUCCUUGCCAGAGACGAGGCUUUCCGAAAUGCAACAAUGGUUUAUCCCGUUACAUCAAUGGAUGACUUAUAUCGUUUACAUGCAUACUUCUCAAAGUAUCAUUUAGAAACGAUACAACAACGCAGCUUUGACUUGGAGCGUAAAUCAUAUCGGAUAGCUAACGGUUCAAUAUCGAAUAAUAUACUCGAAAUCCGUUGGCCACUUGGUGUACCCAGUGGUUCAGCGCCUGAAACGCGCCAUGACAUCAUAACGUGGCACCUCAUCAACAGCACACACAUUUUUCUGCCCAAUGCCGAAAAUAUUAUCGAGCCACUCAGUCGCCACGACAAAUUGGAUUUUGACAAAGUGCUUGAAAUUGUUGUUGCCUAUGCCAAGCGGAAGCAUUCGCAUUUGCAGUUUAUCAAUUUGCAUACAGUGUAUAGGAAAUUUGAUGCGACGCGUGGCAUGGAUUAUCAAUUCCAUUUAAAUUUGCGUGACACACGUCGCUCCGAUGAAUUGGUGACAAAAAGUUUUCAAGUUGUUAAACCGCUGGGGCGUGUUGAGGUUAUACCAUCGCCAUAUGUCACCGAAAGCACACGGAUCGCCAUAAUGGUGCCAACGUUUGAACAUCAAGCAGAGGAUGCUGUCAAUUUUAUUGCCGAAUAUGAGCGUAUUUGCAUGCAAAAUCAGGAUAAUACAUUUUUGCUGUUGAUUUUCCUAUAUCGAUACGAUUCCAUGAGCAAAGGUGAAAGCGAUCCAUUUAAAAAUCUGAAAACACUCGCUUUAGAUUUAUCGACAAAGUACAAAAAUGAUGGCUCACGCAUAGCCUGGGUGUCCAUACGUCUGCCGUCAGCGGUUAGUGACACACCACCACCUGAUGACAUUAUGCACAACUCCUUAUAUGGACGCAAUGAAAUUUUAAGUGUUGCUGUGGCAGACUUGGCGCUGCCAAAAAUCGGAUUGGAUAGUCUUGUGUUGAUGGCAUCUACAGAUAUUAACUUCAAAACGGAUUUUUUGAAUAGAGUUCGCAUGAAUACCAUUCAGGGUUUCCAAAUAUUUUCACCAAUAGGUUUCAUGAUGUAUCCAUGUAGGUUGGCUCACUUUUGCAAAGAAUGUGAAUCAUGUGAUGUGAGUCAAAGCACGGGCUAUUUUGACAAAUGGAAUUACGAUCUAACAUCGUUCUACAGUCGGGAUUAUGUGCAAGCACGUAAGAUGAUUGAAUCAACUUUGCCAAUAACACGCUCCGACAAUGACAUUGAGCAGCUUCUUGCCCGCACUGAUCAAACAAUAACCACCAUCUUGGAUAUGUUUGUAGCUUCAAAACUGCCCGUGCACAUCCUGCGCGGCACUGAACCGAAUUUGCGUUACGGUAUUGCGAUACGGAGUCAUACCAAUAGCGGUGGUGAUAUUCUAAAAUGUCCUGCAUUGCGAGAGUACAACAAAUUAUACCACAUAUCCAAUGAAAUACCCCAGCGAUAUGACGCUGCGCAGCCUGAGAGUGAUACGGCGACCGACGCUGCUGCUGACUUGCAAAGGCGAAAAUGCAUACACUUAGCAUCGAGAAAACAAAUAGGUGAUGCCAUUAUACGUUUCGAAGAUCGAAGUAUACUGCACAAAUAAUUUACACAAAGCGCGAACCUUUGCACAAAAGAAUUGUUUGACAAAAAAAAACUAAAAAAUCCAUACUUGACUAUUAUUAGAUGCGUGAAGUAAACUCAUCUCUCUAGUGCAUUUGACGUCGCACUUGACUACAACGCAGUAUAACUGCUGAACUGGUUAGCCGAGUGCCGGAUGAUGCACGUUAACUUUUUAAUGCUCAAAUUUGCAUGAUAUUGUAAAUAUUAGUUUAAAUCCUGCAAACCUGUCAUUUAAGGAGAUUUUAUGCUGUUUUGCAAAAAAAAAACAAAAAAGAUACUACUUUUGUAUAUUAGUCUAUUUUGCCAAAAUACUUGCAUACAAACGCACAAACGACGCGUGCACAUUUGUAUUAACUAUAACUAAGUAGUUUUUGUUUUAAGUUAAAUUUAUUUAUUUUUAUAGUUUUAAGACGACCGGCUGAGCCGCAGCUGAUUCCUAUCGAUUGAAUGUAACGAAAUGACUUCUUAUGUGCAUGUACAAUAGUCCUAGAAUACCUAGUAUAUAAUUUGUAAGUAAUACUUAAGGCUGUUUUAAAGUGUUUUUGUCUAUGUAUGUACAUCAACAAAGUACAUAGAAAUGCCCAAACUUGUCAUUUCCAAAUGAAAAUAUUUAAAUACGUAUAUAUGUAUAUAAGUAGCGAUUUUAAAUUAAUUUGGUGUUUAGUUACUAUAUGAAACCUGGGCCCUUACUCUGUAGUUCGAAUCAAUAAUAAAUUUGUGCGAAUUCGAACGAUUGGUACUAUAAAAGUGUUAAGUGUUCGUAUAGUACUUCUUUUCGAUUCGAACUACAGAAUGAGGGCCCUGUAUUUGUUAUCAUCAGUGUUUUAAGUAUACCUUAUGUAUCUGUGUAUGUAUGUAGUAUGUUCAUCUCGCCAUGACUGCCAUGUAUUUAGUUUCACGAGCCACAAAAUGUUAAAUUUAUUUUUAUUUUUUAACUUUUUGUAUAUUUAAAAGUAAAUACGUAAAAGGAGUUCAUGCCUUAUUUAAAAGAAAGGGAGCGAGCUUUUUAUACGUAUGUAUGCAUGUAUUUGUAGUCUGUUGCUUGGGCGCCGAAAAUCUCUCCAAACUAUUUAAGUGGAGCUUAGUUAGCUUCUUUCUACCUAAAUAUUUCAUAUUUUCCAUUUAAAACUACAA